CCGGAUAGCGCCGCGGUGCGCAGGCGCAGCCGUCGGCGGGUCGGCGUUUGGCCGCCUGAGAGGAAAGUGGAGUGGUCGCCGCAGAAACACGGCCCUUUUCAGAGGACGAUCGCCGUCCCCACGGUCGCCGUCCCCACGAUCUCGAGAACCCCUGGGCGUUGUCUCUUCCUGUCACAAAAUGGAUAACAGGAAGCGCCUGGCCUACGCCAUCAUCCGGUUCCUGCACGACCAGCUGCGGCACGGGGGGCUCUCGUCCGACGCCCAGGAGAGCUUGGAAGUUGCCAUCCAGUGCCUGGAGACUGCUUUUGGGGUGACCGUGGAAGACAGCGACCUCGCUCUCCCCCAGACUCUCCCGGAGAUAUUUGACGCGGCCGCCGCGGGCAGGGAGGUGCCGCAGGACCGGAGGAGCCCCGAGCGGACUCCGCCUUCGGAGGAGGACUCGGCUGAGGCAGAGCGCCUCAAAACCGAAGGAAACGAGCAGAUGAAAGUAGAAAACUUCGAAGCUGCAGUGCACUUCUACGGGAAAGCCAUCGAGCUGAACCCCGCCAACGCCGUCUAUUUCUGUAACAGAGCCGCGGCCUACAGCAAACUCGGGAACUACGCAGGGGCUGUGCAGGACUGCGAGCGAGCCAUCUGCAUAGACCCGUCCUAUAGCAAAGCCUACGGCAGGAUGGGCCUCGCGCUCUCCAGCCUGAACAAGCACACCGAGGCCGUGGCCUACUACAAGAAGGCCUUGGAGCUGGAUCCCGACAACGAGACCUACAAGUCGAACCUCAAGAUAGCCGAGCUGAAGUUGAGGGAGACGCCGAGCCCCACAGGAGGCGUGGGCAGUUUGGACAUCGCCGGCCUGCUGAACAACCCAAGUUUCAUGAGCAUGGCGUCGAACCUGAUGAACAACCCCCAGGUUCAGCAGCUCAUGUCUGGGAUGAUUUCGGGCGGCCACAACCCCCUGGGGACCCCUGGCACCAGCCCCUCGCAGAAUGACCUGGCCAGUCUCAUCCAGGCUGGCCAGCAGUUCGCGCAGCAGAUGCAGCAGCAGAACCCAGAGUUGAUAGAACAGCUCCGAAGUCAGAUCCGAAGUCGGACCCCCAGUGCCAGCAACGAGGACCAGCAGGAGUGACGGCCCCCCUCCGCACCGCCAGCUCGUCCCCACCGACUGGAAGCCUUCUCGCGGUUUGCCGUCUUCUCCCCUUGGACCGCCCAAGAGAGAAAAAGAAAAAGAAAUGGGAUCUGCAUGUUAAGACGGAUUUUUAUUAUUCUUCCCUUCGCCCUCCCCUCCCUGUUUGUAGUCUCCCACGGUCCCCAGACCCUUCUCAAAACAGAGCCAGCAAGAAUGCAGACCAGCUCCCAGAAAACCCAGUCACUAAAGUAUUUUCUAGAUUG